CAGACGCCCGGCCUCUCCUGGCGGCGCGUCAGGGGUCGGGCCUCGGGGACGCACGCCUGGUUGCGCUCCUGGGCCCUGGGCGUCUUGGUGGGCGGGAAGGCCUCUGUGCUAUGGCACGACGGGAGUCCAGCUCGCGAGCUCGAGGCCUGACUCGCGAGUUCCAUUCCUUGAGCUUUUCUUCAGAAGACCUUGUGGAAAAGGGGAACACCUGCAUUUCGGCCCUUCCUGUUACUUAGAAAGUGUCCUCCGCGUUUCCCCGCAAUUUCCCCUCUGCCACACGAGAAACAGCAGGUUCCCGCAGCUCCCCGGUAACUGGUAUUGAUCUUUGGAUGCGUUGGGAGGCUCUAAUGGCCGGAGUCUGUCUUCCUUCAGGAUAGUAUUUGGUUCCACAAUGUUUGGGAACCUAUUUGAAGAGGAUUAUUCCAGUGUGUCAAAUAGUCAGUAUGGAAAAGGGAAGAAAUUAAAGACUAAAGGGUUGGAGCCACCUGCCCCUAGAGAAUUCACCAAUUUAAGUGGAAUCAGAAAUCAGGGUGGAACCUGUUACCUCAAUUCCCUUCUUCAGACUCUUCAUUUCACACCUGAAUUCAGAGAAGCUUUAUUUUCUCUUGGUCCAGAAGAGCUUGGUUCUUUAGAGGAUAAGGAUAAACCUGAUGCAAAGGUUCGGAUCAUACCUUUGCAGUUACAGCGCUUGUUUGCUCAGUUACUGCUCUUAGACCAGGAGGCUGCAUCCACCAUAGACCUCACUGACAGCUUCGGGUGGACCAGCGAUGAGGAAAUGAGACAACAUGAUGUGCAGGAACUGAACAGAAUUCUCUUUAGUGCUUUGGAAACUUCUUUAGUUGGGACCUCUGGCCAUGACCUCAUUAAUCGUCUAUACCAUGGCACCAUUGUGAACCAGAUUAUUUGCAAAGAGUGUAAGAACAUCAGUGAGAAGCAGGAAGACUUCUUGGAUCUGACAGUAGCAGUCAAAAAUGUAUCUGGUUUAGAAGAUGCACUCUGGAACAUGUAUGUGGAAGAGGAAGUUUUCGACUGUGAUAACCUGUACCACUGUGGCACCUGUGACCGGCUGGUUAAAGCAGCAAAAUCUGCCAAGUUGCGUAAGCUGCCUCCUUUUCUUACUAUUUCAUUACUAAGAUUUAAUUUUGAUUUUGUGAAAUGUGAACGCUACAAGGAAACGAGCUGUUAUACGUUCCCCCUCCGGAUCAAUCUCAAGCCUUUUUGUGAACAGAGUGAACUGGAUGACACAGAAUAUAUGUAUGACCUCUUCUCUGUCAUUAUCCACAAAGGUGGCUGCUAUGGAGGUCAUUACCAUGUGUACAUUAAAGAUGUUGAUCAUCUAGGAAACUGGCAGUGUCAAGAAGAGAUAAAUGAUAUGGAUGUGCAUUUGAAAGAUCUUCAAAAUGAAGAAGAGGCUGAUGACCCAUUGAUGAUUCUAAAAACAAUCUUAUUGCAGGAGGAGACCAAUCAAAUCCCUGUUGAUCAGCUGGGCCAGAAACUCUUGAAAAAGACAGGAAUAUCUUGGAACAAGAAGUACAGAAAACAGCAUGGACCAUUGCGAAAGUUCUUACAGCUCCAUCCUCAGAUGUUUCUGCUCAGCGCAGAUGAAAGUACAGUUAGUCUCCUCAAGAGCCAUUUGACUCAGGCCCCGUCUGACCUCCAAAGGAACCGGGAACAGAUUCUGCAUACACUUGCUUCAGAACCCCCAGGGUUAAGUGAUAACACCAGCUGCCCCCACUGGUUUGAUAUCAAUGAUUCCCAAGUCCAGCCAAUCAGAGAGAACGCUAUCGCACAGCAGUUCCAGGGUAAAGAAAGUGCCUACAUGCUGUUUUAUCGGAAAGCCAAGCUGCGGAGGCCCUCUGAAGCUCGAGCCAAUCCAAGAUACAGGGUUCCAUGUCAUUUGCUGAAGGAAAUGGAUGAAGCCAACAUUCAACUGCAAAUGAGAAGGGCAGAAUGUGACUCUGCAAACAACAAUUUUGAAUUGCAUCUCCAUCUGGGUCCUCACUACCGUUUCUUUAAUGGGGCUCUGCACCCUGAAAUCUCUCAGACAGAGAGUGUGUGGGAUUUAACCUUUGAUAAAAGAAAAACUUUAGGAGAUCUCCGUCAGUCAAUAUUUCAGCUAUUGGAAUUCUGGGAAGGAGACAUGGUUCUUAGUGUUGCAAAGCGUGUGCCAGCAGGACUUCAUGUGUACCAUACCCUCGAUGGAGAUGAACUGACACUGUGUGAAGCUGAAAUUGCUGAUGGGGAAGACAUCUUUGUGUGGAAUGGAAUAGAGGUUGGUGGAGUCCAGAUUCAGACUGGUUCUGAUUGUGAGCCUCUGCUGUUACACAUUGUUCAUCUCGGAAUGAGUGGUGAAGGCUCAAAGUGUGAGCAGUUGGUGGAGUCGCCACACGUCUUUCCAGCUAACGCAGAAGUGGGCACUGUGUUCACAGCCUUGGCCAUUCCUGUAGGUGUCAUCCUCACAAACAGUGUGGAGUCUACAGAUGAAGAAUGUUGGACUGCUAUUUCCAAGGAGGACAUGAAGAAGACAUUCAGAGAACAAGGUCUCAGAAAUGGAAGCUUAAUUUUGGUUCAGGAUGCAGACAGUGAUGAUAACAGUCUGUUGCCCAGACAAGGGAGAUGGACCUCCAGUGUGGAUGAGCUGAACUGGCUGCAAGUGAAAAACUUGUGCCAGUUAGAAUCUGACGAGGAACAGGUUCAGAUAGCCGCAACCGUGCACACAGUGGUGUUUGAUAUUCGAAUUAAAGCCAUAAAGGAAUUAAAAUUAAUGAAGGAACUAGCUGAGAGCAGCUGUUUGAGACCCAUUGAUAGAAACGGGAAGCUUCUUUGUCCAGUACCAGAUGCUUGGACUUUGGAGGAAGCAGAGGUGAAGAUGGGGAGUUCCUUGGGACUUUGUCUGGGAAAAGCACCAACUUCCUCUCAGCUGUUCCUGUUUUUUGCUUUGGCAAGUGACAUUCAUCCUGGGGCAGAGAUGGAAGUCAUUGUAGAAGAAACACUCUCUGUGAGAGAUUGUUUAAAGAUAAUGCUGGAGAAAUCAGGUCAGCGAGGAGAGCAGUGGCACUUGAGGAAGAUGGAUUGGUGCUAUGAAGCCGGGGAGCCUUUGUGUGAAGAAGACGCAACACUGAAAGAGCUCAUGAUAUGUUCUGGGGACACUUUGCUUUUAACUGAAGGAAAACUUCCUCCUCCGGGUUUCUUGAAGGUGCCCAUCUGGUGGUACCAGCCUGCAAGACUGUCAGGACACUGGGAGAGUCGGGACCACUCCAAUUGUGCCUCUCCUCAAGGUAGCAGCUGGGGAUCUGCUCCCACCCAAGGUGCUCCUGGCCCUGAGCCUGCAGAUGUUACCCUCCUCUACUUGGGAGAUGUGGAGAUCUCAGAAGAGGCCACAUUGGUGGAACUGAAGUCAAAGGCCAUGGCCUUGACCUCUGUCUCAGAGCUUGCAGUCCGGUCUACAGCCCUGCUUAGAGUUUGGACAGUGGAGAACAAACGCCCUAGCAGGCUCUUGCGCAUUGACUGGCGGCAGCUCAAGGAGUACAGACUGGGCCGGAGAACAGAGCUCUGCUUAGAGCUUCUUCAAAAAGAGGAGGACUUGGGCCCUCGGGAUGUGCUGCUGAGGACACAGCUACGCAUCCCUGGUGAGAGAGCCUACACCCUGGCCAUGGACCUGGUAUGGGACACCACCCGAGGAUGGACUGCUGGCUCCUUGAGGCAGAGAGUGGCUGAUUUCUAUUCUCUCCCUGUGGAGAAGAUUGAAAUUGCCAAAUACUUUCCUGAAAAGUUUGAGUGGCUUCCAAUAUCUAGCUGGAAUCAGCAAGUUGCCAAAAGGAAAAAGAAGAAAAACCAAGAUACUUUGCAAGGGGGACCAUAUUACUUGAAAGAUGGAGACACUAUUGGCAUUAAGAAUCUCCUGUUUGAUGACGAUGAUGACUUCAGCACAAUCAGAGAUGACAUUGGGAAGGAAAACCAGAAGCAGCUGGCUUUGGAGAAAAAGAAAAGCCGAGAAGCCCUGCGUGCACAGAACAGCAACGUGUUCUCCAGUGCAGAGAUGCGCACUCGGCCCCGGGGACCAGAAGCUUCUCUGUCCAUCCAUGUUGCCAGCUUCAGAUAGCCCCUGCAGCCGUAUGUACUGUGUUCCAGAUAGAACCACCCACCAGUCCUGUGACCGCUGCCUUGUGGGUUUAUGGUGGACAAGCUGGUUGCCUCCAUAGCCAAUGAUACCAAGUCUUCAGCUUUGUGACAAAGGGAUGACACUUCUCAGGCCAAGCAGGUACACCUGAUCACCAGCUCUGCAACACAGCAGCCGCAGAGCUGAGCAGACCCAGACACUGUGCCAAUCAGCACAGACCUCCCAAGCCUGGCCCCAGCAGCCUCUUUCCAUAAAGUGUGCUCCUGGACAGUGGCAAGUUAUUCAAAGAGGACAAAUGUGAUAGGUAAGACACACGGUCAGUUGCUUACACUGCUGAGGUGACCAGUUAGUCAUCUAAAGCUGAAACUGCAAGGAAAGGGUAUGUGUGUCCCGAGUUCAUUCCCGGUUCCAGCCCUCACUUACAGCACGUGCCUCUUCUUGGGACAAGUUCAAGGUAGGACUCUAAGACAGCUCACAGGCUGAUGUUCCCUUGGUGUGAUGUUGACCAUCUAUAGCCUGGCAAGAGGCAGGAAAUCACAGAAGCCUAGCACAACAAAUUCAGGUUCCCAGUUGUCCUGGGCAGCCUGACCUUUUCCUUCCCAGUGAGCACACAUAACUAGCUGAUUUAAGAGAUUUGGUAUUUAUUCACUGUAACUAAUACACUAUCAAAACAGUAUCUAUUACUGAACUGGCAGGUUUGGGACCCUGGACCGACUUAGUCUAAGACAGCACUCCUAAGAGAAGUUGUCAGGUCUCAGUUUCUCAUCAGCUCUUACAUGUCUUCAUGUAACAGAACUAAGGCAGGGAGAGACAGGGCAAAGUAACUCUGGCCUGUGCUUCAGCUGCCUCCUGCUGGCUAAAGCUUCUCACACUCUGGUAUUGCUAUGCUGACUUCUCUGUGCAGCUGACACUCAGCAGGUAAUCCUGUUCUUCCUUUGUCUUCUCAACACCAUUUUGCCAGUUGGUGUCAUUUUAGGUGACUGUUUCUGUUGAAGCACAUGGAUCUUAAGAUGUUGGAUUUGGACUAGUGAGUGAUCUUUAGGUCUGUCCUUAUAGCUACACACCAAGGGGUUCCAGGAGACCCACACAGUAAAUAUUACUUGACUACAACUGAGUCCUCUGGUUAGUGGCUAUGUUUCUUGUACUGUAACUGACAUGGCUCCUCACCCCAGCUUCUGGCAACAGUACUGAUGGACAAGCUGAGACACUGCUUUUAGAAGACGUGCCUCACCGGGAGGUGGUGGCGCACGCCUUUAAUCCCAGCACUCGGGUGGCAGAGCC